UUGUUCACCCAUUUAUUUGUUCAUUUAUUUACUUCACUCAUUUAUUUAUUAAAUCAUUCAUUCAUUCCUUUAACCAUUCAUUCAAUUCAUUCAUUCAUUUAUCCAUUCAUUCAUUUAUUCAUUCAUUCAUUCAUUCAUUCAUUCAUUCAUUCAUUUAUUCACUUAUUUAUUUAUUCGUUUGUUUAUUUAUUUAUUUAUCCAUUAAUUCAUUCACUCAUUCAUUCAUUCAUUCAUUCAUUCAUUCAUUCAUUCAUUCAUUCAUUUAAUGAUUCAUUCAUUCAUCCGUUCAUUCACUCAUUUAUUUAUUCAUUCAUUUACUCAUUCACUCAUUCAUUUAUUCAUGCAUUCGUUCAUUCAGUCACUCAGUCGUUUAAUUAUUAA